AUGAAGGCGAUGAAAGCCAUGAAGGCACGUGGGCGCAUAGCAAGUUUGGCUACACAGUUUCGUGGUGAGAGAGCGAUCUUUGAGAUCUACGAUCUGUCGAAGCCUUGGCUAGAGGCCAUGAAGAAGAAGGCGGAUGACGAGGAAGCCCCCGCGAUGAAGAGCAUGAAGGCAAUGAAGGCCCACAGGGCACGGAACAUCCAUGCUGAACGGACUGCUUGCCGGGGUGUUGCAAAGAGUCACGCGGAAGCGUUGGAGAUGUUGUGUCCUUCCCUGCCUGGUGGCACAUCCUUGGUGGGUCCUGCAUUGGUUCGUGCAUUGCCGGCUUGCUUGGGGCCAUCGCCUGGGGAACUUGACUGCAGCAGGCGAUGA